AUGGAAAUUCUUUCUAGAAUCCUUGCUGAAAAAGCCAAGAGUCCUAUGUUUAAGUUCCAUUGGAGGUGUGAUAAGACCAAAAUUGUGAACCUCUGUUUUGCUGAUGAUCUGAUGAUUUUUAGUAAAGGCAAGGAGAUUCUUCAUAUUGCUAAGUUCAAUGAGGGGACUCUCCCGGUUAAAUAUUUGGGUGUUCCUUUGAUUACCACUAAGCCCAAGGCUUUUGAUUGCCAAAUUCUGAUCGAUAGGAUAGCGAAGAGAAUUAGGAGUUGGACAAAUAAACUUCUAUCCUAUGCGGGUAGAGCUCAACUCAUCCAAACUAUCCUCUUUUCGAUGCAAGUGUAUUGGUCCUCUAUGUUCAUCCUUCCUAGGAAGGUUAUUAGAGAUAUUGAGAGCCUGCUUAGAGCCUUUCUUUGGUCUGGGUCUGAUUUGAAGAAGCACAGUGCUAAGAUUGAUUGGAGAGGGCUCUAUGUGGUGCCAAUGGGUCAAGGUAAGGAAGCCCAAGUUGAGUGGUGUGAGCCCCUAAAUUGUGGGUUGAGUGGAGUGAGAUCCUAUAUUGAGGGCACUGUUUCUGUAUUAAAGUCUAGUAGAUUGUAUCUUAUUUGCUGGAGGUACUUACUCAUGGCUGUUCUUACAGGGUCUACUAUAAUGUAUGAGCAGGUCUUGGGUUGCAUGGCUCGGCAGUGGUGUCCAGUUUUGGGGACUGCAGAUUUGUUGCUCUGA